GUUGUGUACUCAAACAAAGUGAAAUAUGUAUGUAAAUGUUUGUACAUUUAAUUGGCCCCACUUAUAGAAAAGUGCAGAAUAAUGUUUCGUUUACCUCAUGGAAGCUUAAUAAAGAUAAUAAUUGUCCUGCUGUUCGUAAACAUACUAUUGUUAGUAAAAGUGUAUCCACCCUACAAAUCUGUCACUAAUGGGAGUAGCAGACACCCAACAAAUACUGAUGGCGGAAAGACUAAAGCUACCGUUCCCUUGAACUGCCCAUAUCAUUCCGACGUUGGACCACAAAUGACAAUGUCCACUACGAAUUUGGAACAUUUCAUAUCUGAAAGUAAUAAAACGAAGUUAACUUUCGCAAAUAUUGAUAUCAGCUACGGACGCUGGGAUAACCAACACAAGUACAAGAUCAAGGAUUUUGCCGUUGUAGGCGAACAGUAUACAGAAUCUUCAAAAAUUAGUCUAAUAUGCCUAGCUACGCAAAGUUCGGUAGAACGGCUAUACUCUUUGCCACAAGUUGCCGCGAAUUGGAUCGGUCCCAUGUCUGUGGCAUUAUUCUCUGCCGGAAAUGAGGAAUAUAUAGUAUUAAAAUACUUUGUCACGUAUAUGCGGCUUUGCUUUCCUAAUGUUAAAGCAAAUGCGACAUUUCAUAUUUUGUUUCCUCAGGAAUAUGAAAACCUUCCGGGACAUUUAACAGAACCAUUGAAUAUCCAAAAAAAAUUCAACUGUCGAAACCCUGAGAAGACGCUAAAAUUCUUAUUAAAAUUAAGAACUGCGAAAACCUUAGAAUGGAGAAAAAGAAAUGUAUAUCCUCAGAACCACAUGAGAAAUUUAGCCCGCAAGGGAUGCCAAUCGAAAUAUGUGUUUUUAACCGACAUUGAUAUAAUACCUAGUGUUAAUAGUGUUGUACAGCUUAACCAUUUUUUUAAAACUGUCGAUUGCGAGAAGAAUUGCGCCUAUGUUAUUCCCACUUUUGAAAUUGAUGUUCGAGCAUCGUUUCCACAAUCAAAGGAAAGCCUGCUAGCUCUAACGAAAAAGGGAUUAGCGAGACCUUUCCACGAAAAGGUGUUUAUUUACAAUCAAUAUGCAACCAAUUUUUCAAAAUGGUUAACAUUAAAGGGAAAUGAGACUUCAGUUAGCAUAAGCCACAUAGUAACAAACUUUGAGUUCUUAUAUGAACCGUUUUAUAUAGCAUUAGAUACUGUUCCCAUCCAUGAUGAAAGAUUUACUGGUUAUGGAUUUACUAGGAAUUCUCAAGUCUACGAAAUGUACGUGGCUGGAUACAAAUUCUAUGUUCUAUCGCCCGUUUUUACCUGCCAUUGGGGCUUACAAAGAAAACAAGCGAGGCCUGCAUGGAGAGAGCAACAGAAUAACGCCAAUCGAAAAAAGUUUGACAGCUUUAAAAGUGAAAUAUUUGCACGAUAUAAAAACGAUCCACAUAUUAAAGUAAAAUAAAAGUGUUCAAUUUUAACCUAAUCGUAAGGUAAUU